AAUCAAAUCAAAUGUCAACUUGAUUUGUAUCAAAACUAAAGGGAGAAUUUGGUUUUUGAAAACCUAAAUCUAUUUUCAUCUUGAAUUUGUGAUAUUGUUAAAACAAUUAAAAUGGCUAUGUUUCCUGGAACCGUUGCUUUUGAUGAAUUUGGGCGUCCAUUUAUAAUUUUAAGGGACCAAGAAAAUCAAAAACGUCUAACCGGUACAGAUGCCAUAAAGUCACAUAUUCAAGCUGCUCAACAAAUAGCCAGCAUUUUACGCACAUCUCUUGGUCCUCGUGGACUUGAUAAGAUGAUGGUGUCAUCUGAUGGAGAAGUCACAGUCACCAAUGAUGGAGCUACGAUUUUGAAGCUGAUGGAUGUGGAGCAUCAGAUUGGUAAACUCAUGGUACAGCUGUCCCAGAGUCAGGAUGAUGAGAUUGGUGAUGGUACCACUGGAGUUGUGGUUUUAGCUGGUGCACUUUUGGAACAAGCCGCGAUCUUGAUUGACAAAGGUAUUCAUCCAAUUCGUAUUGCGGAUGGGUUUGAGAUGGCUUCAGCAACUGCAUUGGCACACUUAGAAUCCAUCAGUGAGGCAUUCCCAGUGAAUAAGGACACUAGAGAGCAUCUUAUCAAAGUUGCUAUGACAACCCUUGGCAGUAAGGUUGUUGUGAAAUGUCACCGAUUGAUGGCGGAAAUUGCUGUUGAUGCUGUGCUGACUGUGGCUGAUCUAGAGAAGAGGGAUGUUAAUUUUGAACUGAUCAAAGUUGAGGGUAAAGUUGGAGGGCGUAUGGAGGACUCAAUGCUUGUGAGGGGUGUUGUUAUUGACAAAACUAUGAGCCACCCGCAAAUGCCAAAAAUGUUGAAGGAUGUGAAAUUAGCAAUUUUGACAUGCCCAUUUGAGCCACCUAAACCUAAGACCACACACAAGUUGCAUGUUGGCUCAGUUGAGGAAUACAGAGAGCUGCGUCAGUAUGAACAAGAGAAGUUCUUGGAGAUGGUGCGCAGAGUGAAAGACACAGGUGCAACGCUAGCCAUUUGUCAGUUUGGUUUCGAUGAUGAGGCAAACCACUUGCUACUGUCACAAGGUCUGCCCGCUGUGCGCUGGGUGCAUGGACCCGAAAUGGAACUUAUUGCGAUCGCCACCGGCGGCCGUAUCGUGCCCCGCUUUGAGGAGCUUACACCAGACAAACUUGGUUCAUGUGGACUUGUGAGAGAACUUACAUUUGGUACAUCCAAGGACGAGAUGUUGGUUAUUGAACAGUGUUCAAACUCUCGGGCGGUAACAGCUUUAGUGCGGGGUGGCAACCGCAUGAUAGUGGACGAGGCCAAGCGCUCAGUGCACGACGCAUUGUGCAUCGUACGAAGUCUGGUGCAGGACUCCCGUGUGGUGUACGGUGGAGGCGCUGCAGAGAUCUCCUGCUCGCUGGCGGUGGCGCGCGCUGCGGAGAAGUUGUCCUCGCUCGACCAGUACUCGUACAGGGGCUUUGCUGAUGCACUCGAGUCUAUACCUCUAGCGUUAGCGGAGAACAGUGGUCUUUCACCGAUCGAUACACUAUCGGAGGUGAAGGCGCGCCAAGUGUCGGAGAACAACAGCAAUCUCGGUGUUGAUUGUAUGGGCACAGGUUCAAAUGACAUGAAGGCAAUGAAUGUAAUAGAGUCAUUACACUCUAAGAAGCAGCAGAUCGCGCUCGCUACUCAACUCGUUAAGAUGAUUCUGAAGAUUGAUGAUGUACGCUCACCAGCUGACGGAAUGCAGUAAACUUAAAUAUUUACUGUGUUUUGAUCCAACUGUAUGGAGAGUUGUAUGUGAAUAAUGCUAUAUAAAACUGGGAUGUGUUGCUAAUCUGUUAGGUUGCAGUACAGAAACAUUUACGAAAAUGUAUGUUUUCAAAGAAAUAAUUUUUUAAUGUAAUGUUUUUGGCUAUGAAAUGCUCAUAAACUA